AUGACUGCGCCACCCCGUUGCCCAAAGGAGCUUGCGGCGCACAAGGUGCCUGUCUCCGAGGGCUUCCUCAUCGGGGACGACCCUGCCCUCACGCCGGCGGCCAACCUGCAGUGGUCCGCCAACCUGGAGCCGGGCAGCACGCUGCUGCUGCCCGUCACCUUCGCGCCGCCCCGCGCCGCAGCGGCCGCCCAGACGCUCGCGCUGCGGCUCGACGGCCGCCACGUGCUGCAGGUGCGGCUGGUGGGCUCCGGCACCGCCCCGGCGGCGGCGGGGCGCGCCACUAAGCCGCGGGCGCCGGGCUUCGCGGCCACGCCAGGCGUCGCUGGCAGGGCGGCCGCCUCAAGGCCUGAUGUGCUGCGGGAGUCGAAUCGGCCGCUGAGCAGCGCCUCAGAGCAGCAGGGCUUCAAGGUGCCCGCCAGCCGCCCGAGGAGCGCGGCAUCGGCCACGCAAACGCCUCGUGGCGCCGCCGCCGCUCCCGGUCCCGCGGUGGCCAUGCGCCCGGGCCCGCCUGCGCGCGCCCCGCCCGGCGCGCGCGGCGCGCCGCCAGCGUCACUGCGGCUGAAGCGCGCGCCGGAGAGCGCCACCAGCGCUCAGGGCCCGUCCGACCAGCAGGCAUCGGAAGACCAGCAGCUAGUGCCGGCGCCGCGCCGCGUGCCGUCGGGAUCGCUGCCGCCGCCGCAGACGCCGCGCUCCCAAAUCAUCAGGGCGCGCGCCGAGCCGGUUGCCGCCUCGCCGGCGCCAUCGGCGACGCCGCGUGGGGCCAUGGCGACGCCGCGCGGCGUCGGGGCGCUGCGCGCGUCGACGUCGCUGCCGCGGGAUGGCCUCAAGGCGAUUCGGACGUCCGUGGCGCCGUCCGUCAAUGGCGGCGGCAGCAGCCGCAGCGCGCGUGGGUCGCCGGGCGGCAGCGCGGGGCCGGCGUCGGGCGGGGGUGGGUCCAGCAGGAAGGCGAAGAAGACAUUCAGCUACUUCCAUACAGAGCUGUGGAUGCAGAAGCAGGACAAGGCCUUCUCGGCCUGGCUCAACCACCUGCUAGCCCCAGCCAUCCAGGACGGCGCGGCGGCAGGCGGCGGCGGCGGCGGCGUGGCAGAUGGCGACGGUGCGGGCGCGCUGGAUGACUUGCGGCUGGCGGCGCGGAUGCGGGGCGCGCUGGUGUCGUGCUACAGGCGCGACGAGGGCCUGCGUGACGCCAUGAUGCGCGUGGAGGCCCGCGUUGACCAGGGGCAGCUGCGGCUGCGGGACGAGGCGCUGCAGAUGAGCGACGUUGCGGCGCGCGACAAGGCGGUCGGGGUGCUCAUGAGCUACCACCCCUUCUGGCUGCGGCUGGGGCUGGAGGUCGUGACGCAGCGCGCGGUCGGGGCCGGCGGCGGAGGCAACGACGGCUUGGAGGGGCCUGGCGGGCGCUCGCCGCUGCAGCAAGCGCGUGGGCCCGAGGAGGAGCUGCGGUGCUUUGUAGUGGAGCACUUCCUGGGUGACGAGGACCUGGCGCGAGAGAGCGGCGCGGCGCGCGGCGCGGCGCACUACGACACCGCGGAGUACUGGCGUGACCUGGGGGAGCUCAUCGUGAAGCGCUUCCUGCUGCUGGCCCUGCUGCUGGACCGCGUCGCGGGCGCCGCCGCCGCCGCGCGCGCGCCGGUGCCGCUGCUCUUCCGCGUGGACGCGCCCAUCAAGAGCACCGGCGAGGCGCGUCCCUCCGCUGCCCGCUCGCGCAUCGCCGCCGUCCACGAGUUCCUGCACGGCCGCCUGAUCGGCGAGGGCAACCUCCUGCGCCACCUCGACCUGCUGGGCUACAAGCCGCGCUACCGGCAGAGCCCGCUGGCGGAGUACCCUUAUGGGGUGACUAAUCUGGCGGUGGACCUUCGGGACGGGCUGAGGCUGGUGCGGCUGGCGGAGCUGCUGGCAGACGGCCCCUCGCUGUCCGAGCAGGCGCGCUUCCCCAGCGACCGCCGCCCCUUGGCCCUCCACAACGUCGGCCUGGCCCUGUCCGCCCUGCGGACCGCCGGUGUCCCGCUCGACGCGGUGCCCACCGGCCGCGGCCUGGCUGCACUGAAGCCGGAUGAUAUCGUAGACGGCGACAGGGACAGGACGCUCGCGCUGCUGUGGGCGGCCGCGCGCGCGCUGCAGCUGCCGCGGCUGCUGCGGGCGGGGACGCUCAGGGCGGAGGUCGCGCGCGUAGUCGCGCGCGGGCGCCGCGGCGGGCGGCGGCGGCUGCCGGGCGGCGGCGGCAGCGGCGGCGGGCCGGCGAAAGGGGAGGUGCCGCUGGCUGUGUACAUGAACGAUGAGCUCGCGAGUUUGCUGCUGGAGUGGGCGCAGGCGGUGUGCGCGCAGUGGGGCGUCGGCGUGGGCAACUUCACGACGGCCUUUGGCGACGGCCGGGUGCUGUGCCUGCUGGUGCGCGAGUGGGGGGAGGGCGCGCUUUCAGAAGCCGGUCCUGUUUGGAUGCAACUGGGGGCCGAGUAA